UCUGGACUGUCCAUAAUUGUAAAGGGUGCCUCAGGACUGUCCAUAAUUAUAAAGGGUGCCUCUGGACUGUCCAUAAUUAUAAAGGGUGCCUCGGCACUGUCCAUAAUUGUAAAGGGUGCCUCAGGACUGUCCAUAAUUGUAAAGGGUGCCUCGGGACUGUCCAUAAUUGUAAAGGGUGCCUCUGGACUGUCCAUAAUUAUAAAGGGUGCCUCGGCACUGUCCAUAAUUGUAAAUGGUGCCUCAGGACUGUCCAUAAUUGUAAAGGGGUGCCUCAGGACUGUCCAUAAUUGUAAAGGGUGCCCCGGGACUGUCCAUAAUUGUAAAGGGUGCCCGGGACUGUCCAUAAUUGUAAAGGGUGCUCCGGGACUGUCCAUAAUUGUAAAGGGUGCCUCAGGACUGUCCAUAAUUGUAAAGGGUGCCUCAGGACUGUCCAUAAUUGUAAAGGGUGCCUCGGCACUGUCC